AUUCCACAAAUAAGUUCUAUAGAUUGAUUAUUAUUAUUAAUUUAUUUUAUUAUUAUUUUUUAUUUAUUUAUAAUUUUAUUAUAUUUUUUAUUUAAUUUAAAAAUUAAAAAUUUUAAUAAUUUAAAAAUUAUAAAUAAUUUUUUUGUUAUUAAAUGAUAUUAA